AUGUCCAUAAAGUCUCAGACGCAGGUGCUCAUCAAUGCGGAAUUGCCCGCCAAAGUCUUUCCGGAAUAUACCGACGGCAGCAACGUGAUGAGCAUAAAGGUCGAGGAGAAGCUGAUGCCCAAAUCAAAGCCACCUCCCGCAAGCCAUAUAUCAGACAUUAUGCGCGGCAACGUCGAGAUUGAGCCUGAAUUGGAUAACCGACAG